UUCUUCCUCCUCACUCGGUUUAUUCUCAACUAGGCCAGUGAUUUUCUGUUAAACGGUUCCUUCUCAAUUUUCCAUCUUCUAUAUGUGAUCAAAUUCACAAAUGGACUACAAAUUACUUCUCCACCUGCAAAUUUUCCCCUAAAAAAUCCCACCAUUACCAAGAAUAACCAAAUCUAAGCUGCAAUUUAACCAUAAAGCUACAAUCUUUGUCCAAAAUGAUCCCUAAAAGUUCAAUCUUGGGAACAAUGAAGAAGCAAAAGCCAAUUUCAGGAACCCAUUUCAACCCCUUUGAUCUACUUUCUGAAGAAAUCGUCUUUUCAGUUCUUGAUUGUCUUAAUGACAACCCAUUUGACAAGAAAUCAUUUUCUCUUGUUUGCAAAUCUUUUUAUGCUAUUGAGUCUAAUCAUAGGAAAAUUUUGAAACCCUUUAGGCCAGAACACUUGAUAAAGGUUCUUAGCAGAUACCCACAAGUUACCCAACUGGAUCUUUCCCUUUGUCCUAGAAUUACAGACGGUUCACUAACAGUUAUAGCUAAUUUCUGUAAGGAAAUGUUGAGGUCAAUCAAUCUUUCUAGGUCUAAGUUUUUUACCCAUGUGGGGUUGUCGAAUUUGGUGAUGAAUUGUGGGAAUUUGGUUGAGAUUGAUUUGUCAAAUGCUACUGAGUUGAAGGAUGUGGGUGCUGCUGCAUUAGCUGAGGCAAAGAACUUGGAGAAGUUGUGGUUGGUGAGGUGUAAGUCUUUAACUGAUAUUGGACUUGGGUGUAUUGCUGUUGGCUGCAGGAAGCUCAGAUUGCUUAGCCUGAGAUGGUGUUUGGGUGUUGGUGAUCUUGGUGUGGGGUUGAUUGCAGUUAAGUGUAAGGAGAUUAGGAGUUUGGAUCUUUCUUACUUGCCGAUCACUAAUGAAUGCUUAUCAUCGAUCUCGAAACUGCAAUAUCUUGAAGAUUUGGUUCUAGAAGGCUGUUAUGGAAUUGAUGAUGACAGCCUUGCAUCCCUUGAGCAAGGCUGCAAGUCACUGGAGAAACUUGAUAUGUCGAGCUGUCAGAAUGUUAGUCAUGUGGGUUUGUCAUCUCUUACCAGCUGUGCUGGAUGUCUGCGACAACUUGUAUUGUCGUAUGGUUCUCCCGUUACACCUGCUGUCGCAGAUAGCUUGCAGAAGCUUUCCAGGUUGCAGUGUGUCAAACUAGAUGGUUGCCAAGUUACAUGUUCUGGACUGAAGGCUAUUGGAAAUUGGUGUGUCUCACUUAAAGAACUGAGCUUAAGUAAAUGUGUGGGAGUGACAGAUGAAGGUCUCUGCUCCCUCGUAACAAAGCACAAAGACUUAGGGAAGCUUGACAUUACUUGUUGCCGCAAGAUUACUUGUGUAUCAAUUUCCCAUAUAACGAAUUCUUGUUCCUCCCUUACUUCUCUUAGGAUGGAGUCUUGUACUCUAGUCCCAAGAGAAGCUUUUGUUCUAAUUGGACAGCGUUGUCAGUACCUUGAAGAGCUUGACCUUACAGACAACGAAAUUGAUGAUGAAGGCUUGAAGACCAUUUCCAAGUGUGCCAGCCUUUCCAGCUUAAAGCUAGGGAUCUGUCUGAACAUAACCGAUCAGGGUCUUAUCCACAUUGGCAUGUGCUGCUCAAAUCUUAAGGAGCUUGACUUAUAUAGGUCUGCUGGAAUUUCCGACUUGGGAAUAUUAGCAAUCUCUCGCGGUUGUAUUGGCCUUGAAAUGAUCAAUAUUGCAUAUUGCAAUCGUAUUACUGAUGGCUCAUUCAUAUCUAUAUCAAAGUGUUCAAAGUUGAAUACACUUGAAAGUCGAGGUUGUCCUCUUGUCACAUCUUUAGGUCUUGCAGCUGUUGCUGUGGGAUGUAAGCAGCUUACAACACUAGAUAUCAAAAAUUGCCACAACAUUGAUGAUGCCGGAAUGAUUCCACUUGCUCACUUCUCGACAAACCUCAAACAGAUAAAUUUAUCCUACACUUCAGUGACGGACGUGGGGCUGUUGUCUCUUGCAAGCAUCAGCGGUCUACAGAACAUGACAAUCCUGCACCUCAAGGGUUUAUCUCCUGGUGGGCUAGGAGCUGCACUGUUGGCUUGUGGCGGACUUACUAAAGUUAAGCUGCAGACAUCAUUUAAAUCAUUGCUACCACAACCUCUCCUUCAACAUCUAGAAUCCCGGGGUUGUGUUUUUCAGUGGAGAGAGAAACCAUUUCAGGCUGAAGUAGAUCCAAUAUACUGGAAAAUUCAGCUGGACAAUUUAGACUGAAGAUUUGAGCCCUCAGUUUGAGCCAUUUAUGCGAGUGUCCUAAGAUGGAUAGUCGCCCCAGAACCUCCGGAGUCCUUACUUCAUCUGUUAGCACUUCAUCAGGCAAGGUGUAUUGUUUAUGGCGACUGUUUUGCCUGUUAAGUGUCUGCAACUUGUUCGUCUGUCCAUUCAGCAUUGCCCCGGCAUGAAAUCAAUUUUGUCAACAAUGUUAUGAGAUGGAUUAAACAGAUCCAAAUCAUGUUUAUUGUUUAGCAAUCAAUAUAUGGGUUUGUGAAUGUUUAUUCCUCUU